AUGCUCCCCGCGGUUGGGAGCCUCCUGAGGCUGGGCCUGGGGUGCGGGCUUCGCUGCGUACUGGGGGCAUCUCUGCCCCCGCAGCGGCGGGCAUGGGUUCUUUUGCCCGGGAGCCUACGCCGCUAUUCCAGCAACGGGACCCCCAGUGGCUCUGGAGCCCAAGGACACGGUGAGCCAGCGAUUCACAGGGUCCCCGCCCAGCUGAAGCCUUCGCAAUUCGACAAGAAAAUCCUGCUGUGGACCGGGCGUUUCAAAUCCGUAGAGCACAUCCCACCUCUAGUCCCGCCUGAAAUGAUAGAUGCUGCAAGAAACAAAGCUCGAGUGAAAGCUUGCUAUAUAAUGAUUGGGCUCACAAUCAUUGCCUGCAUUGCGGUGAUAGUGUCAGCCAAAAGGGCUGCAAAACGACAUGAAUCCUUAACAAGUUGGAACCUGGCAAAGAAAGCUAAGUGGCGUGAAGAAGCUGCAUUAGCUGCACAGGCUAAAGCUAAAUGA